AUGAAGUAAUUCCAACUCCUUGCCAAGCUUGACUAUCCCAAUACAAUGGGCGCUGUAAUUCCAAUUUUACCCUUUCCCCUUCUCAGUUAGCCUUCUUCCCCAUCAUUUCACUUCUCCUCAACCAUGGAUUCCACUUUUUCUGCUCGGAAUCCAUAAACCCGAAAAAAUGAAGAAAUUUUGAAGAAAUUAAAACCAAAUUAAUCAAAUAAACACACUCAAGAACAAAACAAAAUCAAACCCCUUUGAUUCUUAUUUUGUGUAAUUCGUUUUUUUUUUUCGUGUGAAUUUUUUUGAGAGAUUUUAAUAUGUAUAGAUCUGGAACAGUGAUGGCUUGGAACGUAUUCAGAUUCUGUACGGCCCUAAGAGGACUGGGAUCAAUUAUGAUCUUGUUGGUCCUAGGCGUUGUCGGUGUUACAUAUUACGCUGUCGUUUUGACCAGCUAUGGUCCCACCCUCAUCAGUGGCUCUGGAAUCUUGGAUGCCCUCAUCGCGCUUGCCGUACUUGUCUUGUUCCAUUGUUUGUUGGUGAUGCUUUUGUGGAGUUACUUCUCUGUCGUUUUUACGGAUCCUGGUAGUGUACCUCCAAAUUGGAAGCCAGACUUGGAUGAAGAAAGAGAUGACACUGAUCCAUUAACCGCAUCUGAAUUUGGGGCUUCACCAGCUGAUUCAACCAACCCAAGAGUACGGUUUUGUAAAAAGUGCAACCAGUUGAAACCACCUCGGUGCCAUCAUUGUUCUGUUUGUGGAAGAUGUGUGUUAAAGAUGGACCAUCAUUGCGUGUGGGUUGUCAAUUGCGUUGGAGCACUAAACUACAAGUAUUUCCUUCUUUUUCUGUUCUACACGUUCCUUGAGACUACUGUUGUGACUCUAGCAUUACUGCCACAGUUUAUUGCAUUCUUCAGUGAUGGGGAGAUACCUGGGACUCCGGGAACUCUUGCUACCACUUUCCUUGCGUUUGUCUUCAAUCUUGCUUUUGCUUUGAGUGUAUUGGGAUUUCUGAUCAUGCACAUAUCAUUGGUGGCUGGUAAUACCACAACCAUUGAGGCAUAUGAGAAGAAGACCACUCCAAAAUGGCGUUAUGAUCUUGGUCGAAAAAGGAAUUUUGAACAGGUUUUUGGCCUGGACAAGCAGUAUUGGUUCAUCCCCUCUUACUCAGAAGAAGAUCUAAGAAGGAUGCCUGCUCUUCAUGGUCUUGAAUACCCAUCAAAGCCCGAACUCGAAUCCCAAGAAUUCUAGGUGUCAUCAAGUACAUUACCAAGCUGAGUAUGUUUUUUGUAACAAUCAUAGAGUAGUAGUACCUAAUGAUGCCCGUCCCGCAAUCGCAUCUACUGGUGCUGUGCAGAAACUACACAAAGGAUAUAGCCAAAUGAUGCAAUGAUGUAGUGAUAAUGGGUUCUGUAAGAUAGAAGUUUUGCUUAUGUCUCAAGUCUGAUACAGGUUUUCUUGUAAGAUGAUAUCACAACUGUUUGAUUAGAAAUGUAGAUUUUGAUCUUUGAUUUCAGUGUUAAAAUGUAAUUUUAUUGUUCGUAAUUGUGUAAAGUGGUUCUAAUCUCUCUUGGAAUUGUCUUAAAAUUGCAUAAUCCGGUAUUGUCACUCUA